AUGACACAGCAACAACGCCAAGCAUGUGAAAGAGAUAAACAACAAAAUGAACCAAGUCAAAAAGCUAUAGCUCAACAACAACAACGAGCAUGUGAAAGAGAUGAACAACAAAAUGAACCAAAAGAACAAUUAAAUGAAAAUAACCAAAGAUCUAUAGCUCAACAACAACAACAUAUACAUAAGCAAGAAACUCAAGAAACAGUGCCAAAUUCAAGAUCUAUUGCUCAACAAGCAAGAAGAAAUCGUGAAAAAAGUGAAUAUGAAAGAACAAAAAAUAUCUCAAAUAUACCAAACAAAAGAUCUAUUGCUCAACAAGCAAGAAGAAAGCAAGAACAA